UAAUAGAAGAAUUUGAAACUAUAAAUUAGAUAUUGUAAAGAGGGAAAUUGAAAUUGUAGGUUCCAAUUUUCAACCCAACAGUAAAAGAGGAAUCAAUUCUAUCGUCUCCUUCGGACGCCUCCGAAGAAGGGAGAACCCAUAGCCUGGCUGUCUAAACGAAGGCAUCAGGCACUAUGGAUUUGAGGUUUGGAAUUGUUUUCCUUCUUGUGGUGGGUGCUGCUUGGGAUUGUGAUGCUAGAAACUUGGCAUCAUUUGAUUCUGGGUUAAGCUACCUGGAGCAAGCGAAGGACGUUGAGUCUUUAUCUGAAGCUUCCAGCAACGCAAAGAUAUGUAAACUUUGUGAGAGCUUGGUCAGUCAGGCCGUUGAAUAUUUUGCAGAUAACCAGACUCAGAGUGAGAUUAUUGAUAUUCUCCGGCAAACAUGCGGUGCGGCAGGCGUGUUCAAGGAGGAGUGCAUCGGUCUGGUGGAUAGCUAUGUUCCUCUCUUCUUCUCAGAGAUUUCCUCAAUUGAACCUGCUAGCAUCUGCCAAUCAGCCCGCUUCUGUGAGCAAGUUACUAUAAUCUCCUCGCAGAUUCAGGACCAUAACUGUGAAUUCUGUCAUCAGACUAUUUCAAAAAUAUUGGAUAAGUUGAAAGAUCCUGACACACAGAUAGAGAUACUUCAGACGCUUUUGAAUAUGUGUGACUCUUUUGGGUACCGCGUGAAAGAGUGCAAGAAAUUGGUAUUUGAAUAUGGGCCUCUGAUCCUUGCCAACUCGGAGAAAAUUCUGGAGCAAACAGAUAUUUGCAAAGCAAUACACGCAUGUCCGGGCGGACCUCGUGGUGACAACACUAUAUUAUUAUCUGUUGGAACUGCAUCUUCGCUUGCCGACGCCUGAAUUUGCACACCAAACAUGAUGGAGGGAUCUACAUAUUGUGUAUGAAUGAAAAUGGGUAAGGAAAUGACUUUUUCUUUGCCCUUCUGUCUGUUUAUGAAUCUGAUUUGAUACAAUCUUUGUCCAUGGAUGGUCUGUGUAAACAUGUACAUUGGUAUGUGCAUAUAUAUGAUUGGCUGUUGCAUUGUCGAGUAAAUAAUUGAGAUGCUUUGUUUGUAGCUGUUCAAUUUGAAUUUUUGAUGUCGACUUGCUUGAAUUGGAACUUGGAAUUAUUGUUGAUGAUGCUUUGAUUGAA